GUUCAUCCGAGCAGCAGCAGUGGAUGUGCUUCACUCUACUCUUUCUGCCACAGCGUAUUUCAAGUGAUCUGUCUAAGGGCUAGCAAUGAUUGAGUUAGGACUGGCUGACGGCAGUCUUGUUGACGAGCUGAUGGAGCUGACGGCCCAGAGCCUCAGUAAACUGGAGAUCCAGGAACACUUCAACGUCAUCAAGGAGAUCGGCCGAGGAAAGUAUGGCAAAGUGCUGCUGGUUACACAUCGCUUCAGAGGAACUCCCAUGGCCUUGAAAGUAAUGCCCAAGACAUCAACAAAGCUACAGGGUUUCCUGCGAGAGUACUGCAUCUCCUUGCAUCUGUCCUGCCACCCCUGCAUCGUGGGCCUCUUUGGCAUCGCUUUCCAGUCAAAUGAGCACUACUGCUUUGCACAGGAACUCAUCAUUGGGAGGGACCUGUUUGCUGUCAUUCAGCCGAAGGUGGGCAUCCCUGAGUCGUCCGUUAAACGUUGCGUCCUCCAGAUUGCCAGCGCUUUGGAGUUCAUCCACAGCCGGGGCCUCGUCCACCGAGACGUCAAGCCGGAAAACAUCCUUCUGCUGGAUCAUCACUGCAGCCAGGUGAAGCUGGCAGACUUUGGCCUGGCCCAGAAGAAGGGCACUCUGAUCAGCUAUAUUACAGGGACCCUACCUUACAUGGCGCCUGAGCUUUGCACCGUUGCUUUGCUGGACGGUCAGAAAGAAGUCACUGCUCCUCCGCUGAGUGUGGAACCAAGUCUGGACACAUGGGCCUUUGGCGUGGUUAUAUUCUGCAUCCUCACGGGCUACUUCCCAUGGGACCGUUGCAUGGACUCAGAUGACUACUACCAGGAGUUUGCUGACUGGUCCAAACUGGGAGACAGCGCCAACACAGAGGAUGACAUUCCACCUCUGUGGAAAAAGUUCACUCCAGAAGCCAUGGAGUUGUUUGGUAAACUUUUGGCUCUGGAUGCAGAAAAGAGGUCUACUGUUGGGGAGGUGAGAGAAUAUGUGGAGAAGGCCUGGCUUAAAAAGGAACAUGGGAUAGAGCAGCUGCAGACAGAAGAGAAAGAAUAAUUUUGGACCUAAAAGAAGAUAGGUCAUCCCAACACUUCUUACAGCCUGCAAUUUCAUUUGCAUCAUUUGUUGAAAUCAUGUAGCGUGGCGAAACACUAUCAUGGCCUGUAAUAACUGUUAAGGAAAAUACAUUAACUGAAUGAUCAACAAACUCAUGCAUUUUUUCCUUAGGCUUUACAUAUGUAAAAUAUGUGUGGUCAUUUGUGUAGUAUUUAACAUAGGCUUGUGCCAUUGGACUUAAAUUAGGUUGCAGCAAUUGAAAUUAAAUAGAAGUUACAGGUUAGGGUUUAUGGUUCGGGUUUAAGGUUAGAAUAGAGUUAGGAGUUAAGGUUUAUACCUUUGUCUUCGGGUUAUGUUAGAGUUAAGGUUUAUGGUUUAGUUUUAGAAUCACGAUUACUGCCAAUUUAGGGUUAGGAGUUUACUGUUAAACCUGAAUUAUGCUUCAGUGUCGUCACUGGUGUCUUGAUCCUGUUAUAGCAUUUUGUCAGCUGCUAACAUGUGACUUGCAAUUCUCUUCCAAAACAAGUCUCUUUGACCAGCUAUUUAGCUUCUGUUGUAGUAAUCAAUUGUGACUGCAACAUCCAGGUCAUUGUUGGCGCUGGAAGUAAUUGAUGUGGAACGUGAGUCACUUUUAUUGUAUUUGCUGCUCUGAAACCGCUCAUAUUUAUAUCAUAUCCAUAUAACUGCUCAUGUUUGCAUAGUGCAUAUUUCUUUGCUGAGACGCUCCACAAUUUGCGUCAUUAUUUUGUUUUGGCAGACUUUUUGGCACAGAAGUGAAAAAACAAAAAUUAUGUACUGAAAAAAAAGUCGACCAAUCACAGCUCGACUGUCUGCGUUGCUGUUUACGUGAAGUUAGAAUGUCCACCGGAGGGUUUGAAGGGAGAGGAGCAAGCCGGUGUCUCUUUCACCAGCACUGUGAUGCUGAAGCAUAAUUCAGGCUUUAGGGUUUUAGGUUAGGUUAAGGUUUAGCUUUGGCGUUAAGAGUUUCAGGGUUAGGUUCGAGUUUGGGUUUAGUGUUAAAGCUAGAGUUGGCGUUCAGUCUUAAGGUUAAGAGUUAGGGUUUAGGUUUAAGUUAAAGUUAGGGGGUUUAUGGUUUGGAAUUGAGGAUUAGGGUUACAGGUUAGAGAUAGGCUUUCCUGGUCAGAUUAGGGUUUAGUUUAGAGUUAGGGUUUUGAGUCCGGUUUCAAAUUUAAAUUUAAAUUUAACAGUUCAGGGUUAGGGUUCCAACGUUUAAAAUUAGGGGUUUACAGUAUGUCACAAAAGUGAGUACAUCCCUCACAUUUCUGCAAAUACCUGUAUGACAACACAAAAGAAACAACACUUUCAUGCAAUUUAAAAUAGUCAGCGUUCAUCUUCGAUAACAACGUAAAUGUACUCUUUAUCUUGAUCUUUAUGCACAGCAACAAUUCUUAUUUUCACAUCCUCAAAGAAGUAUUUGCUAUGAAGCACCAUGUUGAACUUCCUGGUACCAAAAUGAGAGUGUGUGAGAGCAAUAACACCAAUAACAUCAAUAACACCUUUCAAGUCACAUGAUCCCAGGGAUAAAAAUUGGCUAAUUGGGCCCAAUUUGUACAGUUCAACAAAGAGGUGUACUCACUUUUGUUACCAGCGGUUUAAACAUUAAUGGUUGUGUGUUGAGUAAUUUUGAGAGGACAACAAAUUUACACUGUUAACCAAGCUGUAAACUGACUACUCUAGCUUGUAUCAAAGUGUUAUUUCUUUAGUGUUGUGUUAUGAUAAAAUAUAAAAUAUUUGCAGAAAUGUGAGGGGAGUGCUCUCCUUUUUGACAUACUGUAGGUUUAUGAUUAGCAAACAGGAUUAAGGGUUAGGUUUAAAGUUAGGGUUAGCUGGUGGUUGGAUUUGAGUUAGGGAUAAGGGUUGGGUUUAGUUUUAGGGGUAGCAGUUAGGUUAGGUUUUAUAGUUAGAAGCAGGGCUAUGGAUUAGUUUUGAGUUAGGGGUUACAGUUUAUAUUUAGAUUAGGGCUAGGCUUAAGUUAAUGGUGCAAUGCAAAACAAUUUACAGAGAAGUAUGUCACAUGCAUACACUUGCAUAAUUGUCUGAAAAUGAGUUAUUUAAUCCUACCCCUUCUUCGUUUUUCAGCAAUUGCUGAUAGUUGUUCACUUCCUGGUUUUAACAUGUAUGAAUAAAUGUAGUGUAUAGUAGUGUAGUAGUGUAUGUAGUGUAGUGUAAUAAUAUAAUAAAUAGAAUAAAUAAAUAGCAGUACAUAAAUCAUAGAAUAAUAAAGGAAUACAUCAUUAAAUUUCAACAGAACUUGUACAGUAAUUAAUAAUAUGUGUUGUACGGUAAUAAUGACAUAUAAAUAAAUGACAAUUAUGACAUAAUAAACAUGGUAUAUCAUGACUUAAUCUAUAAACGUGUGUACAAGUUCUAAUUGACCUAACAAAAAUAACAUCAUCCAUCCAUCCAUUUUCUAUACCGCUUCAUCCUCAUUAGGGUUGCGAGGGCUUCUGGAAACAGUUCUCAACGUGACUGAAACAUGGAUCGCUGUCGCUGGAGCCAGUCCUAGCUGACUUCGGGCGACAGGCGGGGUACACCCUGGACUGGUCACCAGCCAAUCGCAGGGCACAUAUAGACAAACAACCAUUCACACUCACAUUCAUACCUAUGGACAAUUUAGAGUCGCCAAUUAACCUCACCUGCAUGUUUUUGGAAUGUGGGAGGAAGCCGGAGUACCCGGAGAAAACCCACGCGCACACGGGGAGAACAUGCAAACUCCACACAGGAAUGCCCAGGGGAGAAUCGAACCCAAGUCUUCUUCCCGAUCUCUAGGCCGUUUUGGCCAACGUGCUAACCACUAGACCACCGUGCGGCCCAAAAAUAACAUCAUGACAAACAUUAUUAAUGCCUUCUUGUUUGACAAAAAAGAUCCCGUCUGUAUAAUUAAUAAGAGUUAGGCAUGAUGAUAUCAGUUGCUGUUGUUUCGCGUUCUUCUUCUUCCUUAAACUUUGUAAACAUGAACUGCUUGUACUGUUUCUUGAAAUGAUUCGCAUGUUUACAUAUUUUGAGUUCUGUACUGUUCCAUAACUUAAGGUAAUUCCGCAUACCAAUACGCUGUAGGCUUUUUGUGUUUAUCAUCAUCAACUUUAUUUCAGACACAUACAGUACGUGGUCCAUAGAACAUUAAAAAUAAAACAGACAUCGCCAACAAGACACAGUAAAAGAUGGUUAUCCAUUGCUAUAUAAGGUAAGGCGCCAGUGUUUCCAGAAAGUAGAAAAGAACCUGACUGAGGGUUGGUCUGAGUAUAUAUGAUGCUAUUUACAGAGCAUGUUAGCCUACACAUACAUACAUCUGUACAUGAGGUUCCUUGCCUUGGUAAAGUGGCCUGAACAAACAUUUGACUGACCCGAGUACAGCGGGGAACAGGCAGCAUCCUUGUUGUUCAUAGGUAUAAAUGUUUUAAGUAAAAUCUUCCCUUAGGUUGUAUUUCUCCUGUCUUGUUGAGAAGAAUGGCGGAAGCAGGUUGUUAUUUGCUUUGUGCAUCAUUUUAAGUGUUGAACUAGAGCAGUGAAUUUCAAUAAUUGGGAUUCAAUGAAUAAAGGGUUUUGUGUGUUUUCUGGAACCAGCAUUGUGGAUUAUCCUAACUGACCGUUUUUGUAGUACAGAUUGUAAUACUUUUGUAGUUGUUUCCCCAUAUCGCCCCACAAUAAUUCAGCAGUGAUGUACGGUGCGGUUCAUGGCUGGUGAGGCACUGACUCCUUUAGAGUUUUUUAAAAUGUUAAUACAGGUUGUUCAUUAAGAGGAUAACCAAAAAACAAAGAAGAGACUAAUUUUAUUUGGUUAAAGGUUUUCUAAUUGUUUUCGGAUACUUCUUAGCCCCAUUUUUUUUUUUUAUUAACAUGAAAAACAUUUGUGUUUUUACCUUUUAUUUGUAUAUGAAGUACAUGCA